UAUGUACAUUAAUAACUCACACAUGUCAGGGUGGAUAUUUCAAAUUCCAGAUAUUAAAAAUAGCGAAUCUUUUGUUUUAAGAGUCUAGAAUGUUUGUUUGGAAAAGGCAUUGUUUGAGGCGGACUUUACUUGAAUGAUGCUGAUGGUCUGAUUAUUUGCAAUUUACGUGACAAAGAUGGCGCACUACCGUUUUCUCAGACAGUAUAUUGGCCCAGUGAAGGCUGUGAUAUUAGACUGGAGUGGGACCACUGCAGACAAGUAUGUCAUCGCCCCAGCUGUGGUCUUCAAGGAUGUGUUUGAGAAACACCGUGUGCCCAUUACAAUGGAGGAGGCUAGGCUGCCCAUGGGACUGAGGAAGGAUCUCCAUAUUAAGGCAUUAACUGAGAUUCCAGAGGUACGGGAGAGAUGGCACAGUGUGUAUAACCGCUACCCCAACCAGCAGGAUGUGGACAACAUGUUCAAGGACUUUGUUCCUAUGCAGUUGGCAUGCUUACCUAAGUACACAACCCUCAUUCCAGGCUGUGUAGAAGCCACACAGAGAUUGCAGAAUGAACUGAAGUGCAAACUGGGAACCACCACUGGUUUCACCAGAGCUAUGGUGGACAUACUAUUAGCAGAUGCUAUAAAACAAGGGUACAAACCAGAUGUCACAGUGGCGGGAGAUGAGGUCAUCAAUGGGGCUCGUCCUAAACCCCACAUGGUCUACAAAAACAUGGACUUGCUGGACGUGAACCCCAUCCAAGCUGUGGUCAAGGUUGAUGACACUGUAUCGGGAGUUGGAGAAGCUAUCGAGGCGGGCUGUUGGGGUGUGGGAGUGGCCAGGUACAGCAACUAUAUGGGGAUUCAUACGCUUGAAGAUGAGGCUAAAGUAUCAGCAGAAGAUAUGGAGGUACGGACUGAGAAAUCACGUGACCUACUGAGGAAGUCAGGUGCCCAUUACGUCAUUGAUUCCAUCGCGGAGCUCCCAGAAGUGGUGGAAGAUAUCAACCAGAGAUUGGCUCGGGGAGAGAAACCAUAAGCAGUUAUGAUCUUCUGGAAGGAACGCGCCUUGCUAAGACAAGCUUAUUGUCGUUGGUAUUGUAUUAAUUGUACACACAAGCUUUAGAACAUAUCCAAAUAAUAUAAUUAGACUAUUACAAUGCCAAAAAUCCAGCCAUAUAUUGAUAAACCGGUGAAAACCAGCGAUCUUUUUAGUAUAUUUGUAGAUCGAUGCAUAGUAGGCCUACAUGUGUAUGAUUAUACUGCACACUUUGUUAGUAGGCCUACUAUACUACGAGUAGUGGAUCUACUGAUUUCUACUGUUUUCUUUGAUAAGUAAUAUCUUAUUCAGUGUGAAAAUGUAUUGAUAGGCCUAAAUCCAGAGGUGAGUGAUAUUUAAUGAUGCCAAACAGUUCCAUUUAGUGGCAGCCAACUGCUGCCCGUUGUCUGACUUCUUGUCUAUUAUUUUAACGUUUUAAUCGCCCAAGAAUAUUAACUGUAUCGCACAAUUAAAUAUAUAUUUAUAUUUAAUGAAGAAUUCUAAAAAAAAGAACACGGCACGAAUCUAUUGUUUUAUUCACAAGUGGAUAUUUAAUUUAGUUAUAGUUCUGAUUAUAUACAUAAAAACAAUGCACUAGCUGUACAAAUAUGAUGGAUCCCAGUUGAAUGUUAUAUACAUGUAGGCCUACUUGUACACAUAUGUAUACUCGUAUCAUUCGUCGCAUCUCGUGUGAUUCCGUUACACGCAUUAUUGACGAAAUGAAAUUCGGGAUCAUCCGAGUUUGGCUGAAGGCAGGUAGAUAAACAAUAAAAGCAUCGUUUAUGGUUGUGGAUUCAUACUUAACGAGUGUUUUAAGGGAAUAUUCUAGUAAUGCAGGGUGAUUUUAUUAUAUUUCAUGCUUUAUUUUACUCUAUUCACGAGAGAAAGACGAGCACUAUACCCUAAUAUAUAGUAAUGUUCAGGUAUACUACCAUAUGGAUAGAUGGUACAUGUACAGGUAAAAGUUAACCUGAGUAAUAAUCUUAAGACUAAAUUAAACUUGUUCUAUAAAUUUCACCUCGGUAUUUGAUUUUUACUAUUUGGUUUCUGCUGUCGUUUCAGAAUAGCUCUAAAGGGAUAUUACAUGUAAUUCUGAUAAAUUCCGUUAGUAAAACUGGCUAUUUCGGUGUAUCGACAAGUAUGAACACUUCAGAAUCUUUCCAGUCUGAUCCAGGUAGAGAUUGAAUAAAUUGCCUUCUGUUAUCAGGCGCAUCUCAAAUGGUAUACAAAACUAAAGUACAGGCAAUUUUGUAACAUACCACUAGUGCACUCUGAAAAUUGCAUACUAGGAUAAGAAUAAACAGGCUUUACCUUCUAGUGACUGAAGCACCUGUGUAUCGUACGUCUGCCUCUAAGUUCGUGGUCUCAACCAUGCCAAGCCAAUUUAAUAUGUUAUUCCCAGUGCAGAUAUUUUGACAAGGAUUCUUAUUCAUACAAAAGUUCAA